AUGGCGGAGCAGAACGCGGCACUGCAGGUGGCACGCGUGCGAGCAGAGGAGGCGAUUCAAGCAAGGAACGACUUCCUGUCAGUGAUGAACCACGAGAUGCGCAGCCCUCUGCACACCAUCGUCGCACUCUCCUCCCUCAUGGAAGAGGACGAUUUAACAGAUGAGCAAGGACCGAUGGUGGCCACUCUCACCCGCAGUGCCUCCAUGCUCACAUCCCUCAUCUCCGACGUCAUUGGGGUGGCCCAGCGCCAAGAGAUCAACCUUGUGUUGGAGCACCGUCCAUUUGACCUCCGAAGAAUGCUGCACGACGCGGCGUCACUAGCAUGGCCCAUGAUGCGCGCCAAGGGGCUUAGCUUCUCGGUGGUGAUCGCGAGGGAGGUGCCGCGGCAUGUGGUGGGGGACGAGCGGCGCUUGCUGCGCGUGGUCCUGCACGUCAUAGGCCAUGCCAUCGACUCCACUGAUGAGGGCACCAUUUCUGUUGCCGUGGGGCUAUCAGACGGCAGUCACGGGCCGGCAAGAAAGCCACACAUCGAGCAUCCCUCCCACGCCCUCCACUCUGCUGUAUGUUCCCUCGCUCCUUCUCUCAUCUCAUUGUUCUCUAGGUGA